AUGGCGGUUGAACGCCAAUCAGCAUAUCUGCCGCCAGCCCAGCCCAGCUACAUCCUUCGUGGCCACGCCUCGCAGAUACACAGCGUUCAAUUCGCACGCCAGAACACUCGUCUUAUCACAGGCGAUGCAGACGGCUGGAUCAUAUACUGGAAACUCGAGACCAAACGCGCGCUAGCCGUGUGGAAGGCGCACGACGGUGCCAUUCUAGGAACAGCUGCAUGGGCGCAUGACAAGAUUAUAACCCACGGUCGCGACAAUAAUCUUCGGAUAUGGCAAAUACGCGCAGCCGAUGAGUCCGCACUGUCGACAGCUUUGCCUGCAGAGGUUCCUUCGGGCGAUCGUGCAACACCAUGGCUUCUGCAUACGCUCCCGGUGAACACCCUCAACUUUUGUGCCUUUUCUGCAUGUGAGGGGAUCGUGCAGGGAAAGGCACAGAAGAACGAGAACACGAUUGGAUCAGCUCGAAGUGGAUUCAUCGAAGAUGAUGCGUCAGUUCUAAUCGCAGUGCCAGCAAGAGACGAUAAGAAAGCAGAAGUGUAUCAAUUUCCAGAAGAGAGACUGAAGUACGUAGUCCCUCGCGCGCAAUCUAAAGAUACAGGGAUGGUCAUGGCUCUGAAACUUGUACGAAAUUCGACAGCACAACAGACGCUUGUGGUAACCGGCUACGAAGGAGGGCUGACUGCCGUACAUCUACUCCCAAAGGAUGAUGACUCAGUCAUUGGGAUUGCUCAGCUUGUAUAUCUCAGCCAGCCUCAUACACAGCCUAUCCUGUCUCUGGACGUCUCGCCAGAUGCUGAGAUGUACUUCACUUCCGGUGCCGAUGCUAUCAUUGCAGCUCAUCGCAUACCGGAUCUGCCGUCCAGACCCGAAGAUGAAAAUCUAUUCCUGCGGGUUCAAGACGACGAGGACGAUCCGCCCAUCUCUAUCCCAAAACCAAGUCCUGAAAUUGAGCUUCAGACUGCUUCAAGUGGGACUGUUGGAGGCGGUACCAAAGAUUUGCCAGUGGAUGACCCGCCCAUUUCUAUUCCAGAUGACACUUCUCCUGGUGAGCCUUUUUCGUUCUCAAAGCGUCCCAUAGCCACUUCAGUACAGCCUGGACUGUCCAGUCGCGGAGCAGGUGGUCUCUCUUCGCUUUUGUCAAAUGCUGCUACACCUCUGAAGACCUCUAAGACUGCACCGCCACCUUUGCUAUCAGUUCAAGCGCCAUACAAGGUCAACAACACUAAACACGCCGGCCAACAAUCACUCUCGGUACGAUCAGACGGCCGACUCUUGGUCACAGGAGGUUGGGACUCGCGUGUCCGCGUAUACAGUGCCAAGACGCUGAAAGAAGUUGCGGUGUUGAAGUGGCACAAAGAAGGAGUGUAUGCUGUAGCAUUUGCAGCAAUACUGGUAGCCAGCGAUUUGCAUCAGGUCGCAGGAAAAAGCAACAGCGGAGAGACAUCUGGAGAGGUUACAAAUAAGGAAACUGGGCUCGGCAAGCUGCAGAGACACCGUGAAGAAAAGAUGCAGGUCAAACAUUGGAUUGCUGCAGGGGCCAAAGAUGGAAAGGUCAGCCUUUGGGAACUGUUUUAA